AUGAAAAAAGAUAGGGAACCAGUUUAUUCAAAAAAGAGUAAUGAGGGAGGGAAGAGAUGGGUUAUACAAGAAGAAGGAGAAGAGGGGUCAAAUAGUAGGAGGGGAAAAGAGGUAAUUAGUAAAAAUACAUGCUCUGAGAAGGAAGGGAGUUAUAGGGAGGCUAAGGCUAAGGGAUCAAAUGAGAAGGAGGAGAAACUAAUUGGGGUGGAGAAGGAAGUGGUGACUAAUAUGCAAACAGAAGGGGCUAGGGAAUUCAUUACUAAGGUGGAGGAGAAGGAAGUAGAGAGUAGAAAAGGUGGUAGAGAAGGAAGACCAAGCUUUGAAGAUAUUGAAGGUUGUGUGCAACAGGUGGAGACUCGAGUCACAAGUGAAAUGAAUGAGAGAUUGACCAGGCCUUUCUGUAUAUUGGAGAUUGUGGAAGCUAUUAAACAUAUGGGGCCUUUAAAGUCACCUGGUCCAGAUGGUUUUGGUGCUUGUUUCUACCAAAACCAUUGGGAUACAAUAGGCGAGGAAGUGUGUAAUGCAGUGAUCGAUUUCCUUAAUGUGCUUGUAAAUAGGCUUAAAGGUGUACUGUCAAACAUCAUAUCACCCAAUCAAAGUGCCUUCAUCCCAGGGAGGAUAAUUGCUGACAACAUUAUGGUUGCUUAUGAGGUCCUACAUACAAUGAAGGUGAGAAAGAAAGGCAAAGAAGGUAGCAUGGCCAUCAAGCUUGAUAUGUCAAAGGCAUAUGACAGAAUUGAGUGGGAUUUUUUGGAAGCCAUCAUGAAGAAGUUGGGGUUUUGCAAUGAGUGGACAAAGAUGAUUUUGCAAUGUGUUACUUCUGUUUCAUAUUCAGUGUUGAUCAAUGGUGAACCAGGGGAAAGAUUUUAUCCAUCAAGGGGAUUAAGGCAAGGGGAUCCUUUUUCCCCUUACCUAUUUAUCAUGUGCGCAGAAGGCCUUAGUGCACUACUCAACAAGGCUGAUCAGCAAGGGGAAACAAAAGGGAUUUCAGUUGUGAGGAGGGGGCUGAGAAUCAACCAUCUGUUAUUUGCAGAUGAUUGUGUUCUAUUUGGAAGGGCUAGUGGGGUGGAAUGGAGAAAACUGAAAGGGAUUCUUAACAUUUAUGAAAAAGCUUCUGGCCAGUUUUUAAAUAAGGAAAAGACAGCUAUGCUUUUUAGUUCAAAUACUAACUCAGAAACUAGAAGGAGUUUACUAAGGGAAGGAGGGGAUCUGGUGAAAGGGAAUUAUGAGAGAUACUUGGGACUUCCCCCUAUGGUGGGUAAAUCUAAGUAUAACACUUUUAGAUUACCAAAGAAGCUUUGUAAAGAGUUUAAUGGUAUGCUUGCUAAGCUCUGGUGGGGUAACCAACAGAGAGAAAAUUGUAUUCAUUGGAGGAGCUGGAAAAAAUUGGUGCUAUCAAAUGGUAAGGAAGGAUUGGGUUUCAGAGAUUUGGAUAUGUUCAACUCAGCUUUGUUGGCUAAACAAGGCUGGAGGAUUUUGCAAAAUCCAUCUUCUUUAACUGCUCAGAUUUAUAAGGAAAAGUACUUUAGAAAUUCCUCUUUGCUGGAGGCAAAAUUGGGUCAUACACCUUCAUUGAUAUGGAGAAGUGUGUGGAGUUCUUUGGGGUUGCUUAAAGAGGGACUAAGGUGGAGGGUGGGAAAUGGUAACAGGAUCAAAAUUUUGGGUCAAAAAUGGUUAUCCACUCCAUCUUCUUUUUGUGUUCAGUCUCCAAUAGCUAUACUGAAUGAGGAUGCUAAGGUCAGUAAACUCAUGGUGGAGAAUAAAAAGGAGUGGAAUGAGGUCCUAAUUAGAACAAUUUUUUUAAAAGAUGAAGUUGAUCAAAUAUGCUGUAUUCCUUUAAGUAGAAGGGAUGUUGAGGACAAGUUGAUAUGGGGCCGUUCAAAAAAAGGCCUAUUUAGUGUCAAAAGUGCUUAUUUUUUGGAACAAGAGAGAUCAAAAGUUGUAAAAGGGGAAUCCUCAGGAGGGGCAACUUCAGAUAGCAGAUGGAAGUUUUUAUGGACUUUGAAUUUUCCUGGAAAGUUGAAAAUGUUCAUGUGGAAGGCAGCUAUAGCAGAGUGUUAUGCUUUGAGGAAAGCAAUGGAUAUAUGCAGGGAUCUCAAUUUCAACAAAGAAAUAUUUGAAGGUGAUGCUCAAGUUAUUAUUAAUGCAGUGAAUGAAGUAGUUGUAGGUUUUUCUUAUAUUGAUACUAUCAUCGAGGAAAUGAUGAUGGUCCUUCAAGAAUGGCAUGAUUGGAAGGUUCAAUACUCUCAUAGAAGCACAAAUGUAGUAGCACACAAUCUAGCAAAGGCUGCUUUAAAGAUAGAGGAAGAGAUGGCGUGGAUUGAAGAGGCACCAGCUGUAACAGCCCGCUAG